AUGUCAUUCUCAAUCCGUAUAUCACGAGAAACAGAGCCAUCCUUCUGUACAAAUUGCUAUACCAGCUUUGACAGUGCCCGUGCUCUACGCAACCAUCGCCGAAACUGUCGUGCUCCCAUUUUGAAUGAAGAUCAAGAUGUUGAAAUGGAAGAGCAACCUCCAGUGGAAACAACGCUGAUACAGCCACAAUCUCCCCCCAGUGCGCUAGUCACAGCCAAUUCAGAUCAUGCAAACCAGCUGCAUGAUGAUGAUGCCAUGAGUGAUAUUGAAGAAAUGAUUCCUGCUGCUGACGAUGCUGAUUAUGACUACGCAGGCUUUGAACAGACGCCGGGUGCUGCUGAUCUGCUGCCUAUUGUCGAUAAUAAUGGAGACAAUCCAGAAGAACCAGGGCUUGAAUUUGAUUUGCUAAAUGUCAAAUACAAGACAGUUGGAGUAGUCGACCCAGAUGCAGAAGAUCAGGCUUGCUUCUACGAUUGCAGAUCCCUCGAAGACAUCAACCAAAAUACAUAUACAACCACAGAACUGGUUUCGAUUGAGCUGUAUGAUAUCGUCAAUGAUUUUGCUAUACCACGGGAUGCAUACAGAAAGUUGGUCAGGUUGAUGAACACUGUUUUGAGAGAUACAGAAAAAAUUAGUCGAGAAAGCAAUCCGGAGAUCAUGCAUGGCCCUCGUGUGCAAAGCAUGCUUCAGCGCCAAUCAUCGUUGACAUCCCAUGAAUAUGAUGUGUGUAUCAAUGGCUGCAAGCUGUACGCAUUGGAAGUAGACGACGAGGAGACAAUUUGUAAUAUUUGUUCCCAUGAAAGAUACGAUGCACGGGGAGAUCAUCGAGCCCUGUCAACAAUGAAAGUCAUGUCAAUUGGAGACAUCGUAUCACGAUUAGUUGCGAAUCCAAUAACGAGAGAGGAGCUUCGGUACCGACAUGCCUACGACAACAGAGACCUUGAAGAGAAUCCAUCCGAUGUUAUCAUUGCUGACGUAUUUGACGGCGCCACGUACAAGUCCAUCAAGAAUACGCAUUUCACAAAUGACCUGGAUAUCGCAGUUGCGAUCAUGAAUGAUGGCUUUGUAGUUGAAAAGAGAGGUGAUCGGCUAUUCACAAUUAUUCAUCUGAUGGUGUUCAAUUACGAUCCACACAAGCGUUACAAGGAGGAGUACACGCACGAGCUUUGUAUCUUUCCAGGAAAAAAGAAGCCCAAAUCAUUUGACUCGUUCAUUUCCAUCAUCUUGGCAGAGCUCCAGUGGCUUUCUACGUAUGGAAUGGUAGUCGAAACAAAUGAUGCUGGGCCAAUUCGUUUGAAGGUUCAUCCUCUAAUUUGUGGUGGUGAUACUCCAGCCGUGUUUGACUGGAGCAAGUGUGCUCAUCAUGCAUCUGAGUAUGGCUGUCGUUGGUGUCUUUCGCGUGGUAUGCACCCUGAUAAUCGCAGCCAUGGGAUGUACUUUCCAAAUGCUGGAAGCAUGCGUACGAAUGAAGAUUACGAGAGGGCUGAGUCCAACCUUGGAUUCAACGGUGUCAGCCUUUUCAAUCAGCUAUCGUCAUGCAUUGCACCCCAAUGCUUUGGAUUCGAAGAAAUGCAUACAUUAGCACGAGGUGUUGGUUCAGAACUCUUCGAGAUGCUCACUGUCGACCUGUCUCCGAACAACACAAAGUUCUUCUACACAUAUCCAGAUGGUGAAUUGGAGCGAGAAAAUUAUCCAUUUUUCAUUCCAAAGCAACGGCUGUUCGAGAUUGGCAAAGCAAUUGAGGACACAAGAUCAUAUAUACCAGUUGCAUUUGAUGGAAGCUUUUUGAAUCUGGUGGAGAAGCUACGAGGCACCCGCAGUGUUGACUAUCUUGAUAAUUUGCUGACCAUCAUACCUACUCUCUUUGUCCCAGAAUUAGCCAGUCCACAGGCUAGGAAAGCAAUCAUGAAGCUGGUUAGAGGCGUCUGUCUUGCAUUGCAAUGGGAGUUCACUGAGUCUAGGUUGGCAGAGAUUGAUGAAUGCAUUGACUUCUUCAUUGACUACUGCAAAGCUCAGAGAGAUGCCAUGUGCUUGUCACUUUCGGUCUUCCGUCCCGUAAUGCAUCAGCUUACACAUGUAGUGUGGAUGAUAAGAGAAAUGGGGCCAAUUGUAGCCUACUCCUCACGAAGUCAAGAACGAAGCAUUGGAAAGUUUGGUGAUUUGAUAACUGGCAAGUCAAGGACAGGCAAGCAAUCUUCCAACUUGAUUGAAAUUGUUGCAAUCAGAAACCAGCUGAAAAGGAUCUUCGACUCAAAUGAGUUCCUCCAAGGCAUUCGACCGCAGCCAUAUGCAUCCACCACAUACCUCAAUCAUCCAGAAUCUCUAACAAGCUCACAGUUGUGGGAACCUGAUCAAGAAGAGACAAAUUUGGAUCAUCAUUUUGGCUUCGAUGGUACUGAUCGUGCUGAACUCCAUGGUGUUCCAAUUGCAAGAUUCAAGCGUGCUUUGUCGAAAUACUAUUGUAGGAUACUCUCUCUUCAAAGGCUGAACAACAGUCCAUUGUCAAUGACGAUCAAGGUUGCCCAUCGUGCUCUAAUCGGUUCUACUGUCAUAGGAUCAGAAAUAUACAGAGAGAAGAUGCAUGAGUUUCGUAGAAGCAACCAUCUGGUCAUGUUUAGGUCAACUCACCUCAAUCGACUUAACCACCCUGUCUCCUGUUGGUUUGUUUCGCGAGUGAUAUUCUUUUUCCAACAUGUCUAUGAUGGGUCGACCUACUUUUUGGCUUUCGUUGAAACCAUGAAAAAUCAUGGUGUUGCUUCUCACGACAGGUCUGUCCCUUUUGUUCGUAUGAAUGAGCCUGUCGAACAACAAAUUGCAAGAAGGGUGCCGAGAGUGAUUGAUCCCAAGUAUGCUGUCAUUUCUAUUGACGAUGUUGAGAUGCAAGUGGGAUUGGUGAAAUCUUUGGAUAACGACUUGCACUUUAGCGUCAUUGCAAACUACCAUGCGUUUGAACAAGAUAUGUCGAUCGAUGCUGGCGAUAUUCGCAACCUUUAA